AUGCUCAAAGGCGGCGGUGAGGUCUGCGUCAUCUGCAUGGACGUUCCAGUAGAUGGUGUGAGUACCAUGUGUAGCCAUACGUACUGCCGCAGUUGCCUCGGGAGCUGGCUCCUCCGAAGUCCCUCCUGCCCGACAUGCAGACACCCUCUCACCCGUGCGCCGCUAUUUCAACUCCCCGAGCCGUCUCGGGCGUUCAACCCGACGCUCCUGUUGUACACUUUGGCAGUGAUCGUGAACAUCUGUCUCUUUGCGACCGACGACGCCCCCAGGUCACUGGCAAUCGCGGUUGGGGACGGUAUCUUCGUCAGUGUCUUGUUCCAGCGCACGUGGCACUUUGCUUUGUCGUGCCAUCGCCAACUGAUGGUUUCCCUCGAAGAAAUGCAAGAUCGGCGACAAGUGUAG